UGCUAAUGCUCUUCCAGUUCAAAGUUCGAUUGUUUUGUCCUUUCGUAAAAUCUGUUUCCUGUUUAUUCAUUUCAUGGAAAGUCAUCUAUCACAUCACGUAUGUAGUAAUUAUCAUUGUGCAUGUCUACGAUUGCAGGGUGAGUGACGUAAGGCGGAAGCUGAAAGAAUCAAAUGGUUAAUGUCGGCUAAGCUGUCAAACGGUGUUCUAGAGAUAUCAACCUCUUCCCCGAGCAUACUGGCACCCAGAGCAAACUGGCUACAUACGGCUCUAAAAAAGAGCGAUCAGUGAACUAACUCUGUAUAUUGUGCUACAUUGAACCUAAACCCAUAGUCACCAUGGAUACUCUCUACACUUAUAGAUUACUACCACCCACAUAUACCAACACGAAGGACCCUGAAUACAGUAAAAGACUAGUGAAGCUGGAACUGGUAGACUGCUGGCAAACUCCAGACCUGAACAUCAUCAUCAAACAAGAAGAGGAUAGCUUUCUGCAAGUUAAAGAAGAAGAGGAGGAAGAGGAUAGCUUUCUGCAAGUUAAAGAAGAAGAGGAGGAAGAAGAGGAUAUCUCUCUGCAAGUUAAAGAAGAAGAAGAAGAAGGGGAGGAGGAAGAGGAUAUCUCUCUACAUGUUAAAGAAGAAGAGGAGGAAGAGGAUAUCUCUCUACAAGUUAAAGAAGAAGAGGAAGAUCAUGCUUUCAUGGUCAAAGUAGAGGAGGAAGAGAAGGACGAAGCUCUUGUAGUUAAAGAAGAAGAAGAGGAGGGUGGUUUUGCGGUCAAAGAAGAGGAAGAAGCUAUAGGGGUUUUUAUUUUUUCUGACGGAAACUGCAACCAGCGGCCUGUCAGUGGGAAGAGUCCCUCCGUAUCAGAAGAACCUCAACAACAACCACAACAAAAACAGACCCAGGAACCCCACCACUCCCCUCUGUACUGCUCCGACUGUGGGAUGAGUUUUGUCAGCCCUGGGAUACUGAACGCGCACCGCAGAAUCCACCAGCCCAGAAUAAUCCACACCACCACCACCACCGGUGAGCCAUCUCACUACUGCCAUGACUGCGGCAAGACCUUCGACACCGCCCGCUACCUCAACAAGCACCGCUUGGUUCACACAGCAGAGAGGACGCACCACUGCUCCCAGUGUGACCGGAGCUUCCUGAGACUCCAGCACCUCAAAGAACACCAGAGAACCCACAGUGGAGAGAAGCCUCACUACUGCUCCGUGUGUGGGAAGGGCUUCACCAAAGUCCGACUGCUCCGGACACACCAACGGCUGCAUGCCGUGGAGGGGGCUGACGUGGUCGGGGAUGGGACGGGGAUGAAGGAGGGUGGUGGGGGGGUGAUGUCAGCGAUGGGGCGGAAGAGAGCUCUGAGAGUUCUGGCCGGAGUGGACUACUACUACUGCUCUGAGUGUGGGAAGAGCUUCUCCAGUGCUGCCUAUCUUAAGGUGCAUCAGAAGGCUCACACAGGAGACAAACCAUACCAGUGUGCUCACUGUAAGAAGUCAUUCGGCACGUCAUGGGGUUUAAAGGUUCACCGGCAGAAUCGCUCUGGGGAGAAGCCCCACCAGUGCGCCGACUGUGGGAAGAGGUUCUCGGACCUGCGCAGCCACAAGGCCCACCAGAGCACCCACACUGGAGAGAAACCGUACACAUGCCCUGUCUGUGGAAAAGGCUUUGCCUGGCACAAGAGCCUACAGAAACACCAGGCCACACACAGCAGCAGUGGUGGUGGAAUCAUAGAAGUACAUAUAGAAUAAUCUAUGAUAUCCUGGAGGGUUUCACUCCAACCUCAAUCUAGCACCUGAUUCUAAUAUCCUGGAGGGUUUCACUCCAACCCUAAUCUAGCAGGUUAGUUACAACUACGGGACAGGAGGGUAGCUCUCCAGGAACAGGGUUGGUUUAUAGGAGGGUAGCUCUCCAGGAACAGGGUUGGGUUAUAGUAGGGUAGCUCUCCAGGAACAGAGUUGGGUUAUAGGAGGGUAGCUCUCCAGGAACAGAGUUGGGUUAUAGGAG